UCCUCCCUUUCUCCCGAGGCUUUCCGGCCGGGCGCCGCGGCGUUUCCUCUGCGCCUCCAUUGCAGCCGCCCCCGCCGCCGCAGAGACCCCCGGCCGCCCCCCCCCCGAGCCCCUCCCGGCCCCGCAAUGCAGCCCCUGGGCGGCCCCCGGAGGGGCUGAGGCCAGCGCCCCCCCCCACGCGCCCCCUCCCCUCCAGCAGCCCUUCCCCGAGGAGGGGAGAGAUGCUCCCGUGAAGGACGCCGGAGGGGAUUGAAGGGGAGCACCCUCAGCCUUGGAACCUGCCUUGGUGGCCCAGAGGAGACCCCCCCAACUCCCGUCGCUAGGCCCCUCCUGGCCAUGUGCUGAAAGAUGUCCCUCUCCAGGCUGAACAGCUUCACCAAUGGCUUCCUGGAGGACCCCUCCCGGAUGGAGACGGCCAACGGGGCGGACAUGGCCCAGGUUCUCAAGUGCUUGGAGAUGGGCACCAUCCUGACCUUGUUCUACCAGAAGAAAUCCCAGAGGCCCGAACGGAGGAGUUUCCAAGUCCGGCCCAAGAGCCGUCAGAUCGUCUGGAGCCGGACCCCCGAGAAGGUGGAGGGGGACGUGGACAUCCGGGAAAUCAAAGAGAUCCGAGCCGGGAAGAAUUCCAGGGAUUUCGAACGUUACCCGGAGGAAGCUCGGAGGUUGGACUCCACCUUGUGUUUCGUCAUCCUCUACGGAACGGAUUUCCGGCUGAAGACGCUGAGUCUUGCUGCUUUUUGCGAGGAUGACGUGACCCUCUGGGUGGCUGGGCUGAACUGGCUGGUGACCGAUACGCAGCGAUCACCAACUCCUCUCCAAACUGAAAGAUGGUUGAGGAAGCAGUUCGACUCGAUGGACAGAUCCAGAGAAGGCAGCAUCAGCCCCAAAGAUCUGAAGGCCAUGCUACCCCAGGUUAACUACCGGGUACCGAAUAUGCGUUUCCUUCGAGAUAAACUUGUGGAGCUGGAGGUUCGUGGCGACAUCACCUUCGGCCAUUUCACGCAGUUCUACAAAAACCUGAUGUUCGAUGCGCAGAAAUCGAUCAUCGAACAACUGGAGUUGUCCUUCCCUUUGCGUAACAUGGAUCGGCCAGAACUCUGCCAAAUCACCUUAUACGACUUCCAGAAAUUCUUACAAUACGACCAAAAGGAGACCUGGGCGGGUGACAUCGGCAAGGUUCGCCGGUUGAUGUGUGGCUAUCUGCAGGAUCGUUCUGCCGACAUGACCGAGCCCGUCUUCCAGCUGGACGAGUUCCUGACGUUCUUGUUCUCCAAAGAAAACACGCUGAUGGAUUCCAAGAGGGAGCACGUGGUCCCUGAAGAAAUGAACUUCCCCUUGUCGCAGUACUGGAUCUCGUCUUCUCAUAACACGUAUCUCACGGGGGAUCAGUUCUCCAGCGAGUCCUCCCUGGAAGCCUACGCCCGCUGCCUUCGGAUGGGCUGCCGAUGCAUUGAAUUGGACUGCUGGGAUGGCCCCGAUGACCUGCCCAUCAUCUACCACGGCCACACGCUGACCUCCAAGAUCAAGUUCCUAGACGUCUUGCACACGAUCAAGGAGCACGCCUUCACCACCUCCGAGUAUCCCGUCAUCCUUUCCAUCGAGGACCACUGCAGCAUCGUCCAGCAGAGGAACAUGGCGUCCCAUUUCAAGAAGGUCUUUGGAGACAUGCUGCUGACCAAGCCGAUUGACGUGAAUGCCGACCAGCUUCCUUCUCCUGCCCAGCUCAAGAAGAAAAUCCUCAUCAAGCACAAGAAGCUGGUGGAAGGCAACUUGUAUGAAGAAGUCUCCACAGGCAGCUACUCCGAGAACGACAUCAGCAACUCCAUCAAGAACGGCAUCCUCUACCUGGAGGAUCCCAUUGACCACACCUGGAGCCCCCACUACUUUGUCCUGACAAGCAACAAGAUCUACUACUCGGAGGAGACCUCCCACUAUCAGUCCCAGGGGGAAGAGGAGGAGGAGGCGGAACAGAAGGAGGAGUUUAACAACAACGAGCUGCACUUUAGUGAGAAGUGGUUCCAUGGGAAACUGGGCGGGGGCCGCGACGGGCGUCAGAUUGCCGAGCGGCUGCUGCACGAAUACUGCACUGAAACGGGGGGCAAAGACGGCACCUUCCUCGUCCGCGAGAGCGAGACGUUUGUGGGCGACUACACCCUCUCUUUCUGGCGUUCCGGGCGGGUCCAGCAUUGCCGCAUCCACUCCCGGCAAGAGGCCGGCACCACCAAAUUCUACCUGACCGACAACCUGGUGUUUGACAGCCUCUACAGCCUCAUCUGCCACUACCGCGAGGUGCCCCUGCGCUGCAACGAGUUCGAGAUGCGGCUGACGGACCCCGUGCCACAGCCCAAUGCCCACGAGAACAAGGAGAUGCUCUCCAGAAGUCUCCUGAUGAAGGUCUGUCUUUAUCACGUUCAGAUGCAGGAAGGGAAGAUCAUGGAACGGAGGAAGAAGAUUGCCCUGGAGCUGUCAGAGCUGGUCGUUUAUUGCCGCCCGGUGCCCUUCGAUGAGGAGAAGAUCGGCACCGAGAAAGCCUGUUACCGGGACAUGUCUUCCUUCCCGGAGACCAAAGCGGAGAAAUACGCCAACCGCAGCAAGGGGAAAAAGUUCCUGCAGUAUAACCGCCGGCAGCUCAGCCGCGUCUACCCCAAGGGGCAGCGCCUGGACUCCUCCAACUACGACCCCUUGCCCAUGUGGAUCUGCGGCAGCCAAUUAGUGGCCCUCAACUUCCAGACGCCCGACAAACCGAUGCAGCUGAACCAAUCGCUCUUCAUGCUGGGCGGGCGCAGCGGCUACGUCCUGCAGCCGGACAUGAUGCGCGACGACCUCUUCGACCCCUUUGACAAGGGCAGCCUGAAGCACGUGGAGCCCAUCACCGUCCAGUUGCAGAUCUUGGGGGCCCGGCACCUGCCCAAAAACGGCCGCAGCAUUGUUUGUCCGUUUGUGGAGGUGGAGGUGUGCGGCUCGGAGUUCGACAACAGCAAAAACAAGACGGAUGUCGUAGCCGACAACGGCCUGAACCCGCUCUGGCUGCUGAAGCAGUUCAUCUUCGACAUCAACAACCCCCAGUUUGCCUUCCUCCGCUUCGUGGUCUACGAGGAAGACAUGUUCAGUGACCCCAACUUCCUGGCCCAGGCCACCUUCCCCGUCGAGAGCCUCAAAACAGGCUACCGUUCGGUGCCGCUGAAGAACAGUUACAGCGAGGAUCUGGAGCUGGCUUCCCUCUUACUCCAUGUCGAAAUCAUCAACGCCAAGGAAGAAGACGAGGAGAACUUGUAUUCCUCCAUCCAGCAGCUCCGGGACCGGGCGAACGAGCUCUCCAACCAGGUGUCCAACCUGGAGCACAGCAACAACUGCGACUCGCGUUACCAGCAACGGCUGGAUGAGCUGAGGUUGGCGCAGGAGCAACUCAUGGAGCUGACCGAAGCACGCAAUAGGAAGUUGAUGGAGAAGAAGAAGCGAGACCGGCAGUUGGCCAACAGGCGUAACUGAACAGCACCGGACUUUCCGGAUCUGCUUGUUCUCCCGGAGAGGCUGCGGCGACUCUUCUCCAGCCUUCCAAGAGACAUCCUUCAGGCCCACCAAAUCCUGCCGGCUUCCCGGGGCGCAGGGACCUGUGGCCGCAGGGACAAGGCCCCCCUAGGCAGGAGUUCUCCUCCUCCAGGCGUAGAAAGCGGGACUCCUGGCUUACCAUUUUCGCCCUCCCUUCCUGCGCCGGAGAUCUGCUGUCCUUGCCACCUCUUCUUCGACACGUUUCAUCAGGGCUCUUGUCUUAAUCCAAGUGUCCCCACCCCCCACCCCAAUCCCCUUCCUGGUGGAUCGGAAAGAGGAACCUUUAUUAUGUUUUUUUUUAAUUAUUAUUAAUUAUUAUUCCUUUUUUUUUUUUUUUUUUUGGCUUUGGUGCAACUAAGGCAGUUAGCAAAGUGCCUCUAAUCUAACUUUCCCAGAGAAUGUGGGUUUUGCACAGUAGGAAUUCGGUGAGGCCAGGUGAAGAAGGAGCAGAGGUGGGGGGGGCAGAGGGAUAUCAGGGAGGAUCUCAACGGAUUGGCCUGCUGGAUCCUAAAGGAUCCCUGCCACAUUCAGCUCUUGAGGAUCAAGCCUCGGACAUGAGCGAGAGGCGCGACGAUAAAUUUCCCAGUGGCAUCGUGUUCUGUUCUGCAGCCUUCCUACCCAUCCUAAAUUCCAAAUUGUGCCAGAGGCAAAGUCCCACCCGCCUCUCUCCGCAGACCAUCGUGGUGCCCCAGUGGGCAGCCUUGGGUAUAUUUAUUUAUUUAUUGUGGGGGUAUGGAAGAAAAAAAAAAUAUCCCCUUUCCUCACCAAUAACCAUCCCGGAGGCGAUU